ACAUCAACAACCAGUGAACAGACAUCAACAACCACUGAACAACAAUCAACAAACACUGAACAACAAUCAACAAACACUGAACAGACAUCAACAACCACUGAACAACAAUCAACAAACACUGAACAACAAUCAACAACCACUGAACAAACAUCAACAACCACUGAACAGACAUCAACAACCACUGAACAACAAUCAACAACCACUGAACAAACAUCAACAACCAGUGAACAGACAUCAACAACCACUGAACAACCAUCAACAAUCACUGCACAGACAUCAACAACCACUGAACAACAAUCAACAAACACUGAACAACAAUCAACAAACACUGAACAACAAUCAACAAACACUGAACAAACAUCAACAACCAGUGAAGAGACAUCAACCACUGAACAAUCAUCAACAACCACUGAACAGCAAUCAACAGCCACUGAACAACCAUCGACAACCACUGAACAGACAUCAACAACAACUGAACAACAAUCAACAACCAGUGAACAACAAUCAACAACCACUGAACAAACAUCAACAACCAGUGAACAGACAUCAACAACCUCUGAACAACCAUCAACAACCACUGAACAGACAUCAACAAUCACUGAACAACAAUCAACAAACACUGAACAACAAUCAACAACCACUGAACAAACAUCAACAACCACUGAACAGCCAUCGACAACCACUGAACAGACAUCAACAACCACUGAACAG